UCGGAGCGUAGAUUGACGACAGUUACUUUCUUGCAGCUGUUCGCUUGCUGCGUGAUACGUCCGGAGCUUACUUGCGAUUAGAUAUUGAUCAUUAACAAAAUUAUAGUUCAUAUGUUUGUUCCGUAACAUUCGUUAUUGCGCUUAAGCGAAAAAGAGAAGUGAAAUCUUGCAACAUUUAACAAAAGAUAUUGCAUUGUGUGCACUGUGGUUUUAGUGACGUAACUGGAUUUCUCGCAAACUGCCCUCGUGUUUAUCGUUAAAGGUCGCCUAUGUGUCGUCGUGUCGUCUAAUGUUUGUGAUUGACGCGUGAACGGCAGUCAAGAUGUGGGAGUUGGACUCGGAUUCAGGGUCGCAGAGCGUGUCGUCGGACGGGCUGCGACGGCGUCAAGGAUGGGACCCCGAGGGCGAGAGCUUGGCCUCGCACAUGGACGAGCUGGACGAGGUGCUCGCGGAGGAGGAGGAGGGCUGUCCCUUGCCGUCUACGCCCGAGGACCAACACCUGCUCGACGCGGAGAUGGCAGAGGUGUUGAAAGCGGGCGUUCUGUCGGACGAGAUCGACCUGGGAGCGCUAGCUCACAACGCCGCGGAGCAAGCAGAGGAGUUUGUACGCAAAGUGUGGGAAGCGUCGUGGAACGUGUGCCACUUCCGUCACCUACCCCGUUGGCUGCAAGACAACGACUACCUCCACAAGGGCCACCGUCCGCCCCUGCCGUCCUUCAGCGCCUGCUUCGCUUCCAUCUUCCGCAUCCACACCGAAACUGGCAACAUCUGGACCCAUCUCCUCGGCUGCGUGGCCUUCAUCGGCGUCGCCGUCUACUUCCUCACUCGACCAUCCAUUGAAAUUCAAAUGCAAGAGAAAAUGAUUUUCGGCGUAUUCUUUGUGGGAGCUAUUAUCUGCCUCGGCUUUUCGUUCGCGUACCACACACUCCACUGCCACUCGGAAAUGGUUGGAAAAUUGUUUUCAAAGCUUGAUUACUGCGGGAUAGCAUUACUCAUAAUGGGGUCAUUUGUUCCUUGGUUGUACUAUAGUUUCUACUGCCACUACAGACCAAAGAUUAUUUAUCUAUCUGUAGUUGUUGUUUUAGGAAUACUUUCUAUAAUAGUGUCGCUUUGGGAUAGAUUCUCGGAGCCUCGACUGCGGCCGCUUAGAGCCGGAGUAUUUAUGGGCUUCGGUCUUUCCGGGGUUGUGCCAGCUAUUCACUAUGGGAUCACAGAGGGCUGGUUUACUCAGGUCAGCAAGGCAUCACUGGGCUGGUUGGUUCUGAUGGGUCUUCUUUACAUUCUCGGAGCUAUGUUCUAUGCUCUGCGUGUCCCAGAGAGAUGGUUCCCUGGGAAGUGUGACAUCUGGUUCCAGUCCCAUCAGAUCUUCCACGUGCUAGUGAUUAUGGCAGCCUUCGUUCACUACCACGGCAUCAGUGAGUUGGCCUCCUACCGGGUGACCGUCGGCGAAUGCACCAUGCCCCCCUCUUCCAUAGCUUUCUAGCCCCUUAUAAAUUGUGAUAGUAGACCAUAAAUAAAUUAGUAGGAAAAUACAUUCAAUGACUACACACAUUAUAUUUUUUUAACAA